CCCUAAGUUGAGAACAAAUCAGUCGCGUACGAGUGUUGUCACAUUUUACUGUCAAAUUCCUAUAAGAGUUUUGUUAUCCUUGUUCCGUGUGUUGCGAGACGUAUAUUCACGACAAUAUUUUUUUUGUUUGGUACUUUGGUGGUAGUAGGCUAGUGGUCCCGUGGCUCUGUCGUGGUUUACCGUAGAAGCGCGACGUAGUUCGAUUCGUUCGGGCGUAUUUUUAUGAACCCUAUCUUUGGCAAAUUUGGCCCAUAAACAGUGGAAAAUUUUCGGGAAAUCAAUCAAGCAAACAACCAAUUGCCUACCCUCAGGAGAGUUGGUAAACAGGGCCGAGUGAAAUUCAGUGAUUAACGCAGUGUUAUUCAGUUCAGGGAAGAGAUAAGCGAUUCUGAAAAUUUGAAUAGUGGAAAGUUUUAUUUUUAUGAUAAUUGAACCAGUUUUGUCAGGUGUUUCGAGAAGAGUUUGACGACACUCAACAAAACCAUGGCAUCAACGGUCGAGAGUGCCCCACCGCAGCCCUCGGCUCCCAGUUUGGAAGAUCUGAAUUCGGCAUCCACCUCGCAGCAAUCCACAACCGGUCCCAGUCCAUUCUCGAAAGUCACAUCCCCCAGUACCGACCCGGAUCCAACGGCGAAACCAAUCUCCACAGACCAGCAGGAUUCGGCGGAAUCGGCAACGAGCAGUUCCGGAACGAGUACCGGCAAAUCCAAAAUUAACCUCGAAGAUGCCCCCGAAGAUGGCGAGGAGAAAAAGGACGACUCGGUGUUCGAGUGUAACAUCUGCCUGGAUACGGCCAAGGACGCGGUGGUCAGCAUGUGUGGGCAUCUGUUCUGUUGGCCGUGCAUACACCAGUGGAUGAACGGCUACCGGAAUACGUGUCCGGUGUGCAAAUCGUCCAUCAGCAAGGAGAAAGUCAUUCCACUGUACGGUCGGGGCGGCAGCAAGGAAGAUCCCAGAAAAACCGUCCCGCCUCGGCCGGCCGGCCAGCGAACCGAACCGGAACAGCCCCAGGGCUUCCAGGGCUUCACCGGCGACGGCGGGUUCCACAUGUCGUUCGGCAUCGGCGCCUUUCCGUUCGGAUUCUUCACCUCAACGCUAAACUUUGGCGAGUUCCGGGGCAACCCGCCGCACGAGAACACCCGCGAGUACGAGGAGGACCAGUUUCUGUCGCAGAUUUUCCUAUACGUGGCGCUCAUCUUCAUGGCCUGGCUGGUGCUGGCCUAAUGGAUACGAGUAAAAAUACGCUAGUCUUUGUCGUCGUCGUGCGUGCGUGCAAGCGUGUGAUGAUCACACGCGGUAAGUAUGAACGGAACCCCCCUGAAUGAGUGCGUGGACGUGGUCUGCUGGGCUGGUGGUCUAUUUGUGAUAUAAUAAACGUUAAUCUUUUUACAUGCUUGUGGGAAUUUUUGGGCGCGUUCUCGCCGAAGAAGCUCAAUUUAGUGUUGAGAUAGAAGAACAGAUAAAUUCUCCCUUUCAAAAUUAGAGCAAAUUACAGCUAACACCUGUGUAAUGAUAGAAAAUAUCUUAUCACUAGUAUCACUAGAACAGAACGAAACUGUGACCGUUGAACGGUGAGAAAAAAUGGAUAUAAAUGUUCAGUUUGGAUUCAUUUUUGCCCACUGUGACAGAUGUUUGAUUGGCAUUAGAAUGCAUUGUGGUCUUUCAUAAGUAGCUACCCAUUUUUCAAGCCUAUACUAUUAUUUUACUUCUGUUGAUUUUACCAAUUGCUACAACAUAUGAUAUACACACUCGUUCCGUUUGUUUUACACUUUAUGUUUUAUUCUUUGACCGACGCGAAAUGCUUUUAUCGCGCCUGUCAACUAUAUCGAAACUCGUCUCUAUAUAAAGCUGAACUGAUGAUGCUUUACAACAGCUAUACAGAGUAUGUUGGCUUCAGGCAAGGCAACGAUGAUAUGAGUAGAGAGGAACGAUAGCAAGGAGUUUGUAUAAUUUAUUUGGAAGUGAUUUGUGGGCGAACUAUAUUAUCGUAUAUUUAAGGAAUACAAUAAAAUGCAAUCAAUAUUUGAAAAAUCA